AUAUAUAGAUAAGAUAAUGGAUUUCCAGCACAUUUUAUGCAAUGUUGUCCUUGUGUAUUCUUUUGCUGGCGACUGUCGUAUAUGGUGACGAUGUAAGUAUUUGUCCUUCCCAAAUCCAACAUGGUGCCACACUAAAAACUCACGGGACACAUUGCUAUGAGUUCCAGCUUCACAUUAAGAGGGACUGGAAGGCAGCUCAGGGAGACUGCGCUGCUAGAGGAGGAACACUCGUAGUCGUCAACGACAACGAGGAACAGACCUUCCUCAUGUCUUCACUAAAAUCGCUCUCAUUUCACGCAACUGGUGUUUGGAUAGGUUUGUCCGACACAAACCAAGAAGGAACGUUUGCAUGGGUCACAGGGGAGACCAACUCCUUUACAUUUUGGGCACCAGGGCAACCCCACUCGCCUCACUCUGGCAGAAGCGUACGAUUUCUCCUUGACAGCGUAGCUGACGAGGACUGUGUUCUUAUGAAGUACUCCGAUUCCGGUCACUGGCACGACUACCCCUGUAAAAAGUUAGAUCCACUUGGACUUGUGCGAGAGAAUUAUCCCUAUGUCUGUGAAUACAAUGCGGUGGGAACUGCAGCGCCAUCAACUGUUUCGACCAUUGCGCCUUCUACUUUGAGUAGCACCUUCGCUGCUUUACCAGAUACUCCUAGUGUACCAACGCUGUGAACUGACUAGACUACAUGUACUAACCCAUUAUUGUAGAUAAAUGUAUAAUCAGAUA